GACUCAAAGGAAUUAACACAUUAUCGCGAGACUAGCGUGUGUCUCCGUUUGUGAUUCACGUACAGUUUACGUCCCUCUUUCGCCUGAAUUUCCUUGAGUACGGGAGGCGUUGCGUGCCUCAUAGUGCGUAGCUCAAGCAAAAGCAGCGAGAAGGGGAAUGUCGGCUUGUGAAUGAUCGGUAUUUGAGGCGGCAGGGAGCGUCAACGUUAUGGCUCAGCAAAAGAAUCUGGAAGGAUAUGUUGGCUUUGCAAGCCUCCCCAACCAAGUGUACAGGAAGUCUGUCAAGAGGGGCUUUGAGUUCACCCUGAUGGUUGUGGGCGAGUCAGGGCUGGGCAAAUCCACGUUGAUCAACUCUCUGUUCCUAACAGACCUGUAUUCAGCUGAGUAUCCUGGACCUUCACAUCGAAUCAAAAAGACUGUACAGGUGGAGCAGUCCAAAGUUUUAAUAAAGGAAGGCGGCGUCCAGCUGCUGCUCACAAUAGUUGACACCCCAGGGUUUGGAGAUGCUGUCGACAACAGCAACUGCUGGCAGCCAAUCAUCGACCACAUAGACAGCAAGUUUGAAGACUACCUGAACUCAGAAUCGCGGGUGAAUAGAAGACAGAUGCCUGACAGCCGAAUCCACUGCUGCCUGUACUUCAUCGCCCCCUCGGGACACGGACUGAAACCCCUGGAUAUUGAGUUCAUGAAACGGUUACAUGAGAAAGUCAAUGUCAUCCCACUGAUCGCCAAAGCAGACACCCUCACCCCAGAGGAAUGCCAACAGUUCAAGAAGCAGAUCAUGCGGGAAAUCCAAGAGCACAAAAUCAAGAUCUACGAGUUCCCUGAGACAGACGACGAAGAGGAGAACAGGCUGGUGAAGAAGAUCAAGGACAAGUUGCCACUGGCUGUAGUAGGAAGCAACACCAUCAUUGAGGUGAACAGCAAGAGGGUCAGAGGGAGACAAUACCCCUGGGGGGUUGCAGAAGUUGAAAACAGUGACCACUGCGACUUCACCAUCCUCAGGGAUAUGCUCAUCAGAACUCACAUGCAGGACCUGAAGGACGUGACAAACAACGUCCACUAUGAAAACUACCGCAGCAGGAAGCUGGCCGCUGUCACCUACAACGGAGUCGACAACAACAGGGCUAAAGGACAACUGUCCACCAAACUUGACACAGUUGAAGGAAUGAGUCCUCUGGCCCAGAUGGAGGAGGAGAGGCGAGAGCAUGUGGCUAAGAUGAAGAAGAUGGAGAUGGAGAUGGAGCAGGUGUUUGAGAUGAAAGUCAAGGAAAAAGUGCAGAAGCUCAAGGACUCUGAAGCGGAGCUUCAGCGGCGUCAUGAGCAGAUGAAGAAGAACCUGGAGGCUCAGCACAAGGAGCUGGAGGAGAAGAGACGCGUGUUUGAGGAGGAGAGAGCAAACUGGGAGGCCCAGCAGCGCCUGGAGCAGCAGAAACUGGAGGCCUCCAGGACUCUGGAGAAAAACAAAAAGAAAGGCAAGAUCUUUUAAAGACAGUCGGCAGGACCACCCCAACUCGAGUUGUUUGUGUUUGCCAACGUUGCCGGUCAGGACACCAGUGUGUGGCACUGACAUCAGCACCCCCUCCUCCUCCUCCUCCUCCUCCUCCUCCUCCUCCCCUGGCUCCGCUCUGUCUGCCAGCACAGCCGUGCUCCUGCUCCCACCCUCUACUGGGGUACUGGGGGUAUUUGGGGGUAUGUGAGGGGGCUGGAGAGGGUCUGCAUCUACAGUCAGAACCGCCACCACGGAGCCCCUUCGCUGCCUCGGGACUCAUCAUCAUCAAAGAAUGUCUUUACCUUAACAGCAGAAAAAAAUAACCCCAUUUUAGAAAAGCCAAACCCAUAUUAUUAUUUUAAUUAUUAUUAUUAUUAUUGAUGUUAUUAUUAUUGCUGUUGUUAUAACUGAAUACUGUCCGCGCUCCCACCUGCUGCUCUUUUUUUUUUUUUUUUUUUGUUUUUCUCCCAAGGUUGCUUUUAAAUGACUGAUGUGUACAGUUUUAUGGAGAGCAAAGACAAAAAAAAAAAAAAAAAAAACAUACCCAUUAAUCAUGUCUGACUGUUGUACAAUCAAGUUCUGGUGAAUUAAAUGUGUUUACAGGAAAAAAAAAAUGACAGUAACAGUAUAUGAACAUUAACCUGAUCUUCUGUCAUGUAUUGAAGUAAGAAGAGGACGAGGCAUUAACUAAUCCUUUUUGUUUUGAGUGUACCCGAUAAGCCGUUAACCCUCCUCCUACGAGUGCGACAGCCUAUAGAUGAUAUGGUGUCAACAGUUAAAACCUGAAACCAAUAAAAACAAUAAAAACGCA